CCUCAUACAGAUCUACAGGGACAUCGAGCACCAGAAAAUAGAGAUUCCAUUUAUUUUAAAACACCAGGGGUACCAUGGUUCGAACAUUGAACAAUAUGGCGGAGCUGAGAGCUUCUAGGUUUGGUCGUCCCUCACCCAGGCACGGACUCAAGCUCCUUUUCUGGUUCGCCAAUGAUUACAUUGUCUUCGACGAUGACAACCAGAUGGUUGCAAAUUACGACCCCGAAGAGGGAGACUUUGGUUUCCAUGAUUUCCAGAACAGACGUCAGUGUGAAAACGACGUCUGCAAGAGGCUGCUUCCUGAUGAUGGCUACACAUUCUAUGAGGUGGGCAACCUCCACCUUAUAGCAUCUGAUUCCAUGCCUGAGUAUGUCAGGAAGUACAACACUGGUCACAUAGAUACCAGCAACAUGGACCGCCUCAUCAUCAGUAUGCGUCCAGACAGGACAGUGGAUAAGGUCUAUGUGACCCAGCACGAGGACCUGAGGAACUUCGCCCCACUCAACACCUAUCGCAUCAGCAGGGGGUUGCUCAUGAUCAUAUGUGGCCAUCCAUCCGCAAACAUGUCACUGAGUAACUUCCUGGAACAGGCAUGCUAUUCCACCCACGAGCCAAUAUCAAUUAUGUAUCAGGGCAUCGCCCCCAGGGAGUCUGUAGAUACCAGGAUUAAUAUGGAAGUUGAAUCCAGAGUUCCACCCAGAGCUGCACCAGGCUUCUGGGAAAGUGGUACCAUGGUUCAGAUUCAAACAUUGAACAAUAUGGCGGAGCUGAGAACUUCUAGGUUUGGUUGUCCCUCACCCAGGCACGGACUCAAGCUCCUUUUCUGGUUCGCCAAAGAUUACAUCGUCAUCAAAAAUGACAACCAGAUGGUUGCAAAUUACGACCCCAAAGAGGGAGGCUUUGGUUUCCGUCUCUUCGAGAACAGACUUCAGUGUGACAACAACAUCUGCAAGAAGCUGCUUCCUGAUGAUGGCUACACAUUCUAUGAGGUGGGCAACCUCCACCCCCCAGCAUCUAAAUCCAUGCCUAAUUAUGUCAGUGAGGACUACACUCAUCACAUAGAUACCAGCAACAUGGACCGCCUCAUCAUCAGUAUGCGUCCAGACAGGAUAGUGGAUAAGGUCUAUGUGACCCAGCACGAGGACCUGAGGAACUUCGCCCCACUCAACACAUAUUGCAUCAGCAGGGAGUUGCUCAUGAUCAUAUGUGGCCAUACAUUGAGUAACUUCCUGGAACAGGCGGGCUAUUCCACCCAUGAGCAAAAUGUAAUUAUGUAUCAGGGCAUCGCCCCCAGGGAGUCUGGGGAUACCAGGAUUGAUAUGGAAGGUGGAUCCAGAGCUCCACCCGGAGCUCCACCCAGAGCUGCACCAGGCUUCUGGGAAAGUAUUGCAAUGUUCCACAUUUAA